UUGAAGCAAAACACCUUAAAAUCAACUUAACUCUAAAAAAAAUAAAACCAUUCUUUACUUUAGAAAUAGAGGAAAAAUCUGAGGAAGGAAAAGUGGAAAUUUCAGUUUCCAUUGAGAAUAAACCAAAGAAUUAA